AGCGAGAAGAGGGAAGGGUGGGCCGCAGGGUAUGUGGCCGCAGUGUUCGGGGCUGUUCUACGGGGACGGACACGGAGCACUGUUCCGAAUGUUACAUAAGGAAGCGCUGGCCAACGGGCAGUCAACGGGCCUGGUCUCUGGGCUACACUCGGAGAGCGGAGUGUGAAGGCCAACGGACGUACGGUGGCGACGACAGCAGCAGCAGCAGCAACGGGAGCAACAGCAGCAACGGGAGCAGCAACAGCACAGUUUCGGGGGCGAAAAAAAUGCCAAAAGUUCUGGACAGUGACAGCGACCUACCUUCUGCGAUAGCGAACCUCACCAAGACAGCGAACGUCAGCGUCAGCAACACCGCCAUCACCGCCAUUACCGGCAACAGCAACAGCAACAGCAGUACCAGCAGCAGCAGCAGCAGCAGCAGCAGCAGUAGUAGCAGCAGCAGCAGUAGCAGCAGUAGCAGCAGCAGCAGUAGCAACAGCAGCACCAGACGCAGACAGUUUGCUGGUGCUAGUGCCGGUGCUGUUACCGGUGCUAGUGGUGCUGGUGCUGGGGGUGCUGAGGCGGCUGGGGGUGACAGUAGUGGUGGGGUGGGCUCACUGGCACAGAGCACGGGCAUCGUCGUCGGGCGCCACCACAUCAUAGCCGAGGGCGGCGGCGGUUCCAACUCUUCCUGCUCCUCGUCCGCCGCCUCGGCUGCCUCUUCCACCUCGUCCUUCUUUGCGUCCUCCUGUGACGGUGGCGGCAAGGAGGUCUCGCAUGACGUUGCCGGUGGCGGCCACAGCGAUGGUGCAGGGCGGCGGCCGCCAAACCCAAACCCAAACCCGGAACACCCGAUCACCACCACCACCACCACCAGUGCUAGCGCCGGCAGUGGCAGCGGCGUUGGCGGCUAUGCAUGCAUGCCCGCGGACCGACGGCAAGCGGUCGGCGAGCUGGCACCACCAUUACCACCACCACCACCACCGCCUCCUCCCCCUCAACCAUCGUCACUGCCGUCGCUACCAGCCAGCAUGGCAGCCAGCGGUCCGGCCAACAGCGCCGCCGGUGGCACCGAAGGUGGCCGGACGCGGAAGUAUCGCCACCAGCAGUUCAGCAAGAACAUCUACAUCGGCACGAAGAACGCCGAGAAGUGGGACACGCUGCGGAACGCGCUGCUCUUCAAGAACGACGUAGAGUUCGUGUCCUUUCUGCUCAAGCUGGCCGAGGGUAGCUGCUGGAAGAAGGACACACUGCCAGUGAACGGAUUUCAUCCGGCGGAUCCGACAAUUGCGAAGCCACGUACCGCCAGCACCAGCAGCAAUAGCAACAACAACAACAACAACAACAGUAGCAGCAGCAGCAGCAGCACAGGGCGGCGGACGAAGCAACCACAGCCAUCGCUCGCGCCUCGAUCGCCGACAGUAAGCCUCGACGUCAACGUCAAACCCUCGACAAACCCGGCCGGCAAGCCAAAGGGAGGAAGGAAGGCGACCAAGAGAGUACAAUUCAAUAGAAAUGUAAAUAUUAUAAAUAACAUCGCGCAAGAUGGCGUGGCCGGCGGCGGUGGCGGCGGUGGCGGCGGAGGCGGCGUUAGCCGGACGAGAAGGAAGGAGGUAGCGCACGGGCCGUCACUGACGGGGCGGGAGCGAACGGAAAGGCUGGUGGAUGGGCGACGGCAGCAGCAGCGGUCACGGUCUGCUGUGGCUGCCAGUGCUGCAGAAGAGAUGGAGGAGCAGGAGGAGCAGGAGGAGACGGAGUAUGGUGAGGAGGAAGAGGAUGAGGAAGCGGGGGAAGCGGAUGAAGGUGUUGAGAGUCGGGUAGAGGGAGCCACUGACGGUCUCCCGCAACACCAACACAAGACCAAGCCCCUCCGCAAACUGCCUCCUCACCAUCACCAACAACAACAGCAACAGCAUCCGCAACAGCAGCAGCAGCAGCAGCAGCAGCAGAGCAACGAGGUGCAGCAGGACUCGAUCAGCAGUACCAUGGGCUCGGUGUCCGAGGACUCGCUGAACACCGAAACCGAGGUGCUGGACUACCGCAUCGCCGAGAAAAUCAAGACCGAGCUGGAGGAGAAGCAGAAGCUGGAGCGGCGCACGCUGGCGGGCAACUGCGAGGGCGAACAGCUACCGACCACCACGAACCUGUACGAGCAGGGCGACUUCGAGCAGGGUCAGGGCCCGGCAUCCGCACUGCAACCACCGCCCGGACCGGUGGAUGAGAAACCGCCCGAUCUGUUCGGCAAGCUAGCCCACGCCAUCCCGGCCCUGACGGCGGCCGGGAAGCCGAUCUACAGUACGGCGGACAACAGUACGGCCGCCGCUGCCGCCAUCACGGCUGCUGCUGGCGCUGGCACGGACCGGACCGGUACCGGUACCGGGACAACGGGCGCCAAUAGUCGUGGUGGCAAAGGUAGGGGCAAGCGGGGCCACGGUGGUACGCACGGUGGUACGGUCGAUCUGCACAUCGAGUACGAGGAGCAGGAGUACCGGAUAGUGCCAGUGGCUCCGCAGCUGCGCCA